AUGAUGACUGUUGCGGCUUUGCAAAAAGCCGGUGAAGCAUUACUGUCAUCCGAGAAAAUCGAAAUACCACUUCUUGAUCAGGUGGUGAAUAUAAUGAAUCAGUCGACAGGUGAAGCACAGCAACUUGCAUCAAAGAUUCUUACAGAACUGAAACAAAAGGACACAUCGUGGACACGUGUUGAUGGUAUUUUAGAAUAUAGUCAGUUAAUGGAAACUAAGUAUUAUGCGUUACAAAUACUUGAGUCGUUGAUUGAAACUCGUUGGAAAUCAUUACCACGUGAACAGUGUGAAG